AUGCCUUCCGUUUUGCCCAUUCGUCACGGCCCUCUUUGGCAAAUACAAAAAAGAGCCAAGCUAGAAAGCGUGAAUGGGCAUCAAAUCGAACCUGCACAUUUUCAGGACAAUUUGGAAAAGAAAGUGUCUGCAAAAAAACAAACCCACGAUGCAAUAUUGGCGGAGCGGUGUAAUGCUCUGAUCGCAUCGGCUGAAGAGGAAAGGAAGAAAAUCAUUGGCGAGCUAGCUCUUGCGAUAAUCGAAAAGCCCCAAGAAAAGAUAUUAAAUUUGAAGACGCUUGUUGAAUAUGCCAAUGCUUUAUUGUUUCUCUCCUUGUCAAGCCAAGAUGAACAGACGGUUGCCGCCUUCAAAUUGGUUUCAAGAGACGUUGCCCAACAGCGGGACUAUGAAUGUUCAUUGUUGCUGUACUAUCAAAAGUACAUUAAUGUCCUUACUCACGGGUCCGAGUUGCUUUUAAAGCCCAAUUCUGCAGGUAUUUCCGAAAAGAUUUGCAUGCUUUCCAUCAAGUGCUUGCUUGAGUUGCUGAAAGUUGCCUUGCAUUUCAACUUUAGCCAGCGAGUGACGUCUGCCGUUUGCAAAUAUCUGGCCAUUCCGUCCAGAAUGGAAACAAAAAAAUUAACAGAGCUAAUUGGCUCUACCAUCAAAGAAGUUUUUGCCACCGAUGAUAUAGGGUUCAAAACGGCUAGCAUACUGGAAAGUGCAUCUCACGCAGCUCAGAAAAACUCAUACAUCGUCCAUCCCAUGAAUCUAAAGGAGCAAAUCAAGUGGAGGAAAGAGCUGGAAGAAAACGAGGCCGUCAUUAGUGUCGAGAGGAAGAACAGGGCGCAUCAAGACAAUAUGGUUUUUUUAUUCAAAAUAUACAUCGGGAUUUUAAAAAAAUGCCCCCCAGUUGGCUGUCACCGUUUACCGUUGAUUGCGGGCGUGUGCAGGGGAUUGACAAAGUUUUCUUUUCUCAUCGAUUCGAUCUAUUUUUCGGAUCUAAUUUCCUCGUUGAAACCGUUUGGGGAGGAUUUUGUUUGCGCAUCGAAAAUGGAGGUCCACUGGGAUGUUUGUCAUUACUUGGUUGCGGUGUUUACCAUUGCCUCGCACCAGAAAUCCAUUCAAUUUGACCUGGCUUUUUAUUACCAUCUUUUUUACAAGUUCCUGCGUCUUGCAUUCGCACAUGUUCUUUUUGAUUUUUCUCUUCAUCCCUGCUACACACCUUCAAUGGGAGGCUCGUCUGCUAAAGGAAAAAACCGGCCUGCUCCAAAAAACAUCUUUUCUGAAUGGAAACCAACAUUUACAUGCAAAGAUGCAGACCUCUUUUCGCUAACGCCAAGCCAAAGAACAUUGCUACAAGCAACAAUUACAGAGUUAUUUUCUCGACAGAGCAACCUUCCUAAUUCUCGGGUUGCCUCAUUUGCCCAAAGAUUGGUGUGGAUCUGCAUGGCGAAAAUCGCACCAGAAACUGUGACAUUUCUGCUCGAUAAUUUAUCUUCAAUUGGCAAGGCAUMCCCUGCCAUAUUCAAGAUGCUGUUUUCGCCAUCCUCAACAUCCUCUGGAGAGGUUCUUUGCAUAAAUACGAUAGGAAGUGACUUUGACCCUAUUCUUGAUGAUCCGGAUAAUUGCAAUGCUGUGGAGUAUUCUCCGACCCCGCUUUUUUCAUUCCUUUCAAAGUAUUCAUCGCAAAAAUUACUUGAAAUUCUCGAUGGACUUGGAAUUUCAGCCAAAAGCCAUCCAGAGCAGGUGGCCCAUCUUGGCUCAAAAGUCACAUCGCAAUUGCCGCAUUCCAUUUCUCGUAUUGAAAGAGCAAAAGAUAUCAUCCAAUCAGAGCUCGAAAACAUGUCCCUCAAUAGGGGGGAUGCUAUGUUGCCUAGAUUGUCACUCCAAACCCAGUCGAGGUCUUCUAGAUCGAGUCUAUCGGAGCGCGACAAGGGCAUUGAAAAGCAGCUACAAAUCACCAAAGCCUUUCUUUCCACCAUUCCCCCAUUAGAUGAAUGA